AUGCUGCGCAUGCGCCGAGAGCCCGGUCCGGAGCGCGUGGGCCGGGUAGCGGGCCCUCGGGCUCCUCUGGCAGCUUCGCCUUCGGAGAGUCCGCGUGGGCCGCGGGGGCGGUCGGGAGGCGUUCGUGAGCCAGCGGCUCCAUAUCAGUGCGGGGGGGCCGCGGGCCUGGAGGAGCUGGAGCUGGAGCGCGGCGGGGCCUCCCCGGCCGGGCAGCGGCUCCUUCCCGCGGGGCCCUCCCAGGCGGGGGAAGUGCCGGGGACGGAGGCCACGGUGUACGUGGUCGGUGGCGCCGGCGGGAGAUGCGGGGCCGGGAACGUGCUCCGCUGGUUCACUUCCCUUGUGCUGUACGCCGCCUUCCUGGGGCUGGGUCUGAGUGUUGCUAUAGUAGGACCCACAUUUCAAGACUUGGCUGUAAAUGUGAACCGCAACAUCAGUGAUAUUUCUUAUAUUUUUGUGGGCCGUGCAUGUGGGUAUCUAGGUGGUUCUGUGAUUGGUGGAUUUCUCUUUGACUCUGUGAAUCAUAAUUUAAUUUUGGGAUUAUCAAUGCUGGGGACAUCUAUUGGUCUCUAUCUUGUCCCCUUUUGCAAGAAAGCAAUAUUACUGGUUGUUAUGAUGGCAGUCUUUGGAAUUUCCACUGGAAUUUUAGACACAGGUGGCAAUGUCCUCAUCCUGAAUUUAUGGACGGGUGAAGCAGCCCCCCAUAUACAGGCCCUGCACUUUACGUUUGCCUUGGGGGCCUUUUUGGCCCCCUUGCUGGCCAAGUUGGCCUUGGGCAGCACUGUGCUCUCUGAUCACCAUGGGAUAGCUGGCGCAGCAAACUACUCGGAGCUCCUGCAGCCCCCUGCAGCCGACUUAGAUGCCAUCUUUGGAAUACCUGCUAAUGAGAGUUUACUGUGGACUUAUGCUGUUAUAGGAACUUAUAUCUUGAUAAUGUUUUUCUUCUUUGUUGUUUUAUUUUUCCAAAAAAUUCCGAUUCAAGAGAAAACAAAAGCAGCUACUGAGAGAUCUCGAACUGCAAAAUAUCAGUAUGUCCUUAUUGGUCUCCUUUUUAUAUUCUUCUUUUUUUAUGUAGGAGCAGAAGUCACCUAUGGCUCUUACGUUUUCUCUUUUGCAACACUCCAUGCCGGCAUGAGUGAAAGCCAGGCAGCGGGCUUGAACUCUGCCUUCUGGGGGUCGUUCGCGGCCUGCAGGGGAAUGGCGAUCAUUUUUGCCUCGUGUCUGCAGCCUGGGACCAUGAUCGUACUGAGCAAUGUGGGCAGCUUGCUUUCCUCUCUGGUUCUCGUGAUUUUUGAUAAGAACCACAUUUGUCUUUGGGGGGCUACUGUGAUAUAUGGGGCUUCAAUGGCCACCACGUUUCCUAGUGGCAUUUCCUGGAUUGAACAGUACAUGACCAUUAAAGGCAAAUAUGCUGCUAUGUUUGUAAUUGGUGCUGCCCUGGGAGAAAUGGUCAUUCCUGUGGUGGUUGGCUCUCUCCAAGGAAAGUACCCUCAUCUUCCUGGGGUUCUGUAUGUUUCACUGGGAUCAAGUAUUGCAACAGGAGUUUUGUUUCCUAUCAUGUAUAAGCUGGCCACAGUGUCUCUUGAUAGUAAGAUUCAGGAAAGCAGGAAGAGUGAAGACCAGAAAGCUCUCCUGGCUCCCUCAGGAUGUAAUGAUGACGAUGAGGAUGAUUACAGAGAAGAGGAUGCUGAAGAAGAAUGGAACAAAGUCGACUUUGAAAUGAUUGAAAUGAACAGUACAGUGAGAAAUUCAGUAAUAGAGACAUCCAGAAAAAUUUUGAGCAAAUCUCGCACAGAACUCUCUAAACAGUUAUUGUCAAAUGAUAUACCAUUUAGUUCUUCUCUGGUUGUUCCUGGCAACUCCACUGUGAAGCCCCUCAGCCUUGACAGGGAAAAAAUUGACUAGUAAUAAAAGAUGAAUUGGUUGUUGAUUUGUUGUAACAACCAUUGACUCUAAGGAGGCAGAUAGCUCUGAUUACAACAAAUGAAAAAUUCUGGUGUGUCAUGUCAGUCUAGAGUCUUUGACAAUGAAAGAAGGUUAAGUAUGGUCAGGUGUAAGUGACUUUAGUGUAAAGUAAUCUCUUCCAUGCAGAAUAUGCUAAUUAGGCAUAAAUAUUUAAGAAAUUUCUUACUAGCAUGAGUCAUUUAAAAGUGAUUGAAGAGUAGCAUAAUUACCAAAAUUCAGGAAACUAUUGGUAGAAUUGGCAAAUAGCCAACUCUAGUGGUAUGAGUUGAUAAAACUUGGUGAAAGAAUCAACUUUUUGCCUCAAAAAAACUUCUUAACCUGGACAUCUAUUCUAUAGACACUUCUAUUUAAUUUGGCUCAAAUGAUGGUGAUAGGUUCUGGUUUCUGACUCAAAAUACAUUUCCAACAAUAUUAUGUUGUAAUGGAAAGGAUCAUGCAUUGAGAGUCAGGAGACUUUGGUUCCAGUUAUAACUUGUAGCAAAUUAGCUCCAUGACCUUGCCUAAAUCACUUAAUUUCUCUCAUUCUUAGUUUUUUUACUUAUAAAAAUGAGAGUAUUUGAUUUUGAUCUCUAAGGUCUAAAAUUCUUUGUAUAGUAAUGAGAUAUUCUCCAAAAGAGUAUUAUGCACUAAUUUUAGUUGUGCAGGUUGUCAAUAAGGACCUUAAGGAGUAGUGGAAAGAAGAGAGAAAUGACAAAAUCAUUUUAAGACUGCUUUUAAUAAUGAAUUUAGUGGCUUGAAAGUUUCACAUAUUUUAAUGUUUAAUACUUUGAGUUGUCUAAUGAGGACAUCCAAAAACUAACUCAGCUGUCAAGAAGUUUAUACUGUUGAUGGUUAUAUUUAAAAGAAAAAAAAAGCUACUGAAAAAUCAGUAAUUUAUUUUUCUAUGCUAAUUAUUUUUCUUUGAGUUUGAAGGGAGAAUUUGCAUAUCUAAAUUUUUGCAUUUAAAAAAUAGCUUAGUAUUCCUACAUUGAUAGUGAAGACCAAUAAGAAAGGACCCUUCCAAAGGCUCAUUAUUUAGUUCUGCUACAAUUUUGUUUCUAUGCUUUGCAAGUCUAGAAGUUCAGUUAUAUAUCUGUGUACCUAGAUUUUGGUUGAUAAUCACAUUCAUAAGAGACUGAGCUAUCAACCUAGAAUGCCAAUUCAUUUAGAGUAAGGGAUUUGCCUUUGCAGGCCUAUAUUCCUGAUGCCUUUUCAGGGCAAGUCUCUUCCUGCUGUUGCAUACCCAGGAAACCAGAUGAAACUUUAGAAUGCUAUUCAGUGAGUGACUCUGGGGUCCAUGAAGAAGAAAUAGAGCAUCUUUCAAAGGCUGUCUUCAUAUAUAUAAAAUAGAAAACUUGAUAAGUUUUCCUUUACAGUGGAUAGUCUGGAGAAUCCUACAUUAUUAACUUCAUUUAAAGUGUGCCUCUUCAUGAACAUUAUGAUUUUUCCCUAACUGACCACACUUUCGAAUUCUCUAAUUUCUGCCUUAGUGUACAGUAUGCUUUUCUCUCAUCUAGUUCCUGUGCUUCUGGGUGGUGUACCUGUGCUGACUUCACAGUGAACUAUUGGUGUCUAGUGCUCCAAUAUGUAUCCCUUUUAUCAUUUUAUCUUGUUUCUAAGGCAGACCAGCCUUUGAUCCUCGGAAAGCUUUUAUUUGUUUGCUAUAUCAAGCUACAUUGAAACCUUAAUCUUAGGCAAAGAGUGAUGAAAAAUAUAAAAGAGAAGAAAGAUUGUUCUAUGUUUUUUAUAAUUAUCCUUGUCCCCGAGCUAAACCUCCAAGCUUACAGAUACCUUAUUUGCUCCUCAUUCUACAAGCUGGCGUAUGGGGUAUUGGGGUAAAGCAGUAAUUAUGUCAGUAGCUGAGUGGAAAGGGCUAGGCUGAGCUGGAGAAUGGCAUGUAUCAUACCUUUUCAUACCUCCUCUCGGAGGAUGAAUGGCUUGGUUGUCUGUGGCCCAGGAAGAGAUGGGGAAAUCAAGAUAACAGGAGAAUAUAGAAAAUACAUAGAAUCUCCUGAAAAGGUACUUACCAUCAUAGGCUACAUUUUGGGUAGCCAUGGUAGUUUUAUAUAUAUCCAGAUCUAGAUUGUAUUUUUCUUAUUGUUAAAAGAAGAAUUGAAACUAUAUAGCUAGAACUAGAUUGUAUUUUUCAUAUUAUCAAGAGAAGAACUGAAAUUUAGAUUGCUAGGAAUUAGUGAUAUUAAGAUCACUUCUCUGGGAAAUGGGUCAUGAUACCCAACAUCUGUAUAAUCAAAACUUAAGCAACUUAGGUGUUCAGGGUGCUUAAGAGAGUUGAAGAUUGUAUUGAAUGAAAAAAAAAUAAACUGUGAUGUAAUAAAUACUUAUUAAGCACUUAAGAGCUGUACUUCCUGUCACCCUCCAUUUCCCCAAAAGAAGUCAGUUCAAGACUUACUGUGAAGGAUUUCUCUAUCAUUCCAAAAAUAAACCUCUCCUCCCUCCCCAUUUAGUUUUUUUCUUUCAGUUAAGUGAUCCUAAAGCAUUAAUAAAAAAGGUAAUUUUAUUACCAAUUUUGGUAAAUACAAAGUUACCAGUUGAUGUAAUUUAAAAACCUGUUGCCUUAAAAAGUGCAUUUACAGUUAACCUAUUAUUUAAGAAUUGUUAAACAUAUGUCUCAAACAUCUAAUCAAAUUUUAGUUUUGAAAUUUCAAACUUUUUCAUGGACUUCUGAAUAGUGUGAAGUUGGCAGAAAUUGUAUUUCUCUGAAAUUUAUUCUGUUUAAAGUAAUUAGAGAUUCUUAUUUAGAAUGUGCUGUUACUACAGUUGAUUGCCUGGAUUGAAAGAUUUGUGGAUGGUAACAUCCUAUAUUAAAAAACAAAACAAAAUAAAACAAAACAAUCGUCCACCCAAACCAAAAGCACACCACUUGUAAUUGGAAAAAAAUUGUAAUUGCACAUUCCUAAGAUAAAAGUGCUAGAAGUUCAGAUCUUUAUAUUUCAUGGGGUAUCUUUGGCAGAGGCAUUUCUGCUAAAUACGUGAAUUAAGAAAUUUCAUUUAACCAGAACAAGCCCAUAUGCUAGCCAUGAUCUCUAAACAGGGUUAUUUGUAACAAAGCCCUUUAAAAAGUGCAUAAUGGAGUUUAUUAUAUCCCUUUCUGAGACGCUGCACCUGCAGGGUUUCUUUGAUCUCAGUUUACUCUUUUAGUAUAAUUGCCUAUGCAGUUUAAUUGAAUUAGAAAUUUCCCUCUUAAUCUCCACCCCUUCUCAUCCCCUCUCCCCUCAAAACCAUUUAUCCUGUAAUGCUGUAUAUGUUUGGGAAAAUUUGCAACUUCCUUAAGAUAAAUUAGCUUUGGAAAAUUACUGGUCCUUUGCUGCUUAUUAGCAAUAAAGUAAAUAUCUUCAAUUUCACUUAGUUGUUUUUUUCCCCCAGAAAGUUACCCAGAGUACUAACUUACAUUAUUUCUCUCAUUUAUCAACAAGGAACAAAUAUACCCAUUUUCCAAAUAGAAAGGCAAAAUCAGAGAAAAAGGACAAUUCUAGCCAGUUUGUUUGGAAGCUAGGAAGAGAUGUGAUGAAAGGGAAUAAUAUCUACUUUGUCUCUUUUCCUUUGAAAUUCAGAGUCCUAGAAGAUCACCAACUUUGUGGGAUACCCUGUUAUUUUUGGAGUAUUUUCAAAAAUUUUCCUAAACUUGCCCCUAAAUGAGUGUCAGGUGUUGAGACCCUUCUGAACUCCAUUCAGAUGAAUAUUUUGAAAUUAAUGGUUACAGGCUAGAGAAACUAUAACCUCUUAAGUAUUCCCUUCCUCUUCUCCAUGAGUGUGAAGAUGUUUAUACUCAUCUGAAUGGAAUUUAGAUUCAACAUAGAAAACUUUACAUUUUUUGUAAGUGCUAUAAUUUUGUGGGUUUUUUUUUUUUUAACUGGGACUCAUUUCUUACUACAAAUAGUGCUGGGGUUUUUGUGGAUUAUUAUUGAAUCAGAUUUAAAUGGUAAACUUGUUAGGAUUUAUUAAUCAAAUAUACCUGUGUUAUCAUUACUUGCUUGAGUGUUUACCUUUCAUUACCAAAGUGAGCAUCUGUGUACUUUUUUUUUUUU